UAAUUCAAAACCCUCCUAUUUAAACCCUAUAAGCAGUUAAUUUGAUUCAAAUUAAGCAGAACCAAAGAGGAAAAAAAUGGGUUCUCUCCAGCACUUCCUCAACAGUCCGAUCUCGUUCCCCUUUUCUCCAAAUCUCAAUCAUCGCCGUUCUUUUUUCUUACGAGCAUGCCUUAACCUGGACGUGCAUGCACCGGAAUCAGUGAAACCCAAAACCCAUUUGAAAAGUCGAGAGGUUAUGGAGAUGGAAGGGAAGGUGUUAGUUGGGACAUAUGCAAGAAACCCAGUUGUGAUUUCGAGUGGAAAAGGUUGUAAAUUGUAUGAUCCCGAAGGGCGAGAGUACUUGGAUUGUACUUCUGGUAUUGCUGUUAAUGCUCUUGGUCAUGGGGAUCCUGAUUGGGUCAAAGCUGUUGUUGAGCAAGCUAAUUUGCUCACUCAUGUCAGCAAUGUUUUCUAUUCAGUUCCUCAGGUAGAGCUUGCUAGACGUCUUGUGGCUUGUUCAUUUGCCGAUCGUGUAUUUUUCACGAACUCUGGUACGGAAGCAAAUGAAGCUGCUAUAAAGUUUGCACGGAAGUAUCAACGAUUUACAAAUCCUGAUGAGAAGCAGCAAGUGACAGAGUUUAUUUCAUUUAGUAAUAGCUUCCAUGGGAGGACAAUGGGGGCUCUGGCAUUGACAAGCAAGGAGCAGUAUCGAUUUCCUUUUGAGCCUGUCAUGCCUGGAGUUAAUUUCCUGGAAUAUGGUGACGUACAGGCUGCAACAGAACUGAUUAAGUCUGGCAGGAUUGCUGCUGUAUUUGUAGAACCUAUACAGGGUGAAGGUGGUAUUUAUAGUGCAACAAAGGAAUUCUUACAGUCCUUACGUAGUGCUUGUGAUGAUGCUGGGUCUCUCCUGGUUUUUGACGAGGUCCAAUGUGGCUUAGGCCGAACUGGUUAUCUUUGGGCACACGAGGCAUAUGGUGUGGUCCCAGAUAUAAUGACACUUGCCAAGCCUCUCGCAGGAGGUCUACCUAUAGGAGCUGCAUUGGUGAGUGAAAAAGUUGCAGCUGCCAUAAAAUAUGGAGACCACGGGAGCACUUUUGCUGGUGGACCUCUUGUCUGUAACGCUGCCAUUGCUGUUUUAGAUAAAAUAUCAAAGCCAGGUUUCUUGGCCAGUGUCUCUGAGAAAGGUCAAUACUUCAAAGAACUUUUAAUUCACAAACUAGGAGGAAAUUCACAUGUGAGAGAAGUACGAGGUUUGGGACUUAUAAUUGGGAUAGAGCUGGAUGUAUCCGCUUCACCCCUCGUAGAUGCCUGCCGAGAUUCCAGUCUUCUAAUAUUAACUGCUGGAAAAGGAAAUGUUGUCAGGCUGGUGCCCCCGUUGAUCAUCUCAGAACAAGAACUGGAGCGUGCUGCUGAGAUUAUACUUGAAUGUCUUCCAGCACUUGACAAGACUAAUUGAAGCAAGGUUUGGUAGCAUGUAAUUUUAUCAGAAAUUCAGGAUAUAUGUAUUCAUUAUCAAAUCCUGUUAUCAGCCUGUCCCAAGUUUUCUCUAUAUCUUGCACUCAUGGCAUGCAUAGUAGCCCUCGAAUUACAUGAAAGUACUAAUGAUUUAAAACAAUAUGCAUAUGUGGUUGAGCAGAGCUGUGAGCUCGGUUAGUUUAUUUUA